UCUAAAGCACACCUUUUGGAUAUCCAAUAAUGUCACAGGCAGCGGUCUCUGAUGAGGAAACUGACUUUAAAGUCGUUAGUUCCACAAAUUAUCAGCGCGUUCAGGAUAAAGUUGGAAAGAUAAGCUAUGCGGAUGGUGUUGCCGAUGGACGGGAGCAAGUCUUUCAAACUAGCUUCGAUCAAGGCUAUGCCGAUGGGUUGCACGUUGGGCUGGAUCUGACCAAAUUCGGCUCCUUUUUUGACACACUUGCAGCAGCUGGUACAAGAGAUGACCAGUUGCUAAAAGAAAAAGAGGUGUACAAAGGGCUGAAUUUGCCAAAAGCCACGGAUAAACAGCACUUUAAAUACUUGGAUCAUCAAAACGAACCCCUAGACGUGGUGUCGGCGAAACAGGGCACCUAUACAGACGACUUAUUGGAUGAAUGUGCCGCAUCACUGCCAAUAACUGCGAAUUUAUUCAUAUCCAGGGGUUCUAGUGUUAAUCUGGUUUAAUGUAUAUGAUUGGGAAUUAUCAAAAUUAACUGAACAUA